AGAGAGCCCGGUUGACAAAAAAUAUAUGCUACAAAGUACAGAGCUCUUUUAAUUUUUUGUUCUUCAUAUCUUUGCCGCUUUAUCAUCGCCCAAUCACGAAACAACAGAAGCAGAUUUUUGCCCAGGAAACUAUAAAAGCAAGCGCGCGCGCUCUCUCUCUCUCUCUCUCUGUGACUGGAAAAUGAAGGAGACGAUGGAACAAAAAGUUGUUGCCAGAUCAAGGUUCAAGAGAGUAUGUGUGUUUUGUGGGAGCAGUUCUGGGAAGAGAGAAUGCUAUAGAGAUGCCGCACUUGAGUUGGGCCAGGAGCUGGUGGCAAGAAAAAUGGACCUUGUAUAUGGCGGGGGAAGCAUUGGGUUAAUGGGUUUGGUUUCACAAGCUGUUCACAAUGGAGGCGGCCACGUUCUCGGGAUCAUACCCAAACCCCUGAUGGGCAAAGAGAAAACUGGGGAAACAAUUGGAGAAGUGAGACCGGUGGCUGGUAUGCAUCAGAGAAAGGCUGAGAUGGCCCGCCAUUCUGAAUGCUUCAUAGCCUUACCAGGUGGGUACGGCACUCUGGAAGAGCUAUUGGAAGUCAUCACAUGGGCACAGUUGGGUAUUCAUGAUAAGCCGGUGGGAUUACUAAAUGUUGAUGGUUAUUACGACUUCCUCCUCACCUUCAUUGAUAAAGCCGUGGAUGAUGGCUUCAUCAAGCCUUCUCAGCGUCAUAUCUUCGUCUCCGCCCCUAACGCCAAAGACUUGGUUCAGAAACUGGAGGAAUACGUGCCAGUGCACGAUGAAAGCAUUGCUAAGGUGAAGUGGGAGGGAGAACAGCAGCAGCAGCAGCAGCAGCAAUAACAGCAGCAGCAGCCAUCAAACCCGCAAGUGCCAAGUGGGGUUCAAUGUUUUGCAGGAUAAGAAAUUGAUUGUUCUCAGGAAGGGAGACAGGUUUGUAGAUAAGGGUAAAAAAAAAGAAAGCAAAAAAACAGAAAACAAAAACAAAACAAAAGAGGGAGUGGUGUCUUGGGAUCACUUCUUUUUGUCUGAUUUUGGUAUAUAAUUGACUGAUUAGUGGGCCUGCUCCCCAAAGAGAGCUGAAGGGUAGCUGUGGUUGGUUUUGUGGAGUGGAGAUGCCUCCAACCUGAUCUUCUUGCCGGACAGGACAAAGAGGGUUUUGAAAGAAUUUGCUAGUUUCUUUCUUGUCCUUCUUUGGUGUGGAAAAUAUGCUUCUGUAUGUAUUGCCAUCUAAAUUUUGAAUGCGUCCGUAGCUAUAUAUCUAACAAGAUGGGAUGAUUUUAUUAUUA